AAUUUCGUUUUCGCCUCCACCAACUUGCAGUCUCAGAUCUGCGAAAUUCAGUUUCUUCGGUUUCUCCUUCUGAUUUCUUCUUCAGCUCUAGCGUAAUUCUUGGUGAAUUCUUUCUCAUUUUGAUCAUUCUUGGCGCUUUACGGCGUUCGUAUACCGGAAUUUUGGAGCCAUUUCGGGUUUCUGGGAUUCUGGUGUCUGAAUGAUGUGGAGCUCAAUAGCUAAUUUGAAGGAGAAUUUGAAUAAGAUAGCCCUUGACGUGCACCAUGACGACGACGAAGGGGAGUUCCCGAUCUAUGGUUCAUCGGCAUACAAUGGGGGAGAUGGUGAUGUUUCCGUAUCUGAUCGAAGGAACUCGCAUAGCUUCGCUCAUUCGAAUUCGGUGGCGAGGUCUCCGAUUGCGAAUGGGAUUGAUGAUACUCGUCACGCUGAGGUUGAACAAUACAAAGCAGAAAUUAAGAGGCUUCAGGAAUCUGAGAGGGAUAUUAAAUCAUUAUCAAUGAAUUAUGCAGCUUUGUUAAAGGAAAAAGAGGAACUAAUCUUACGACUGAACAAGGAAAAUGGCUCACUAAAACAAGGUUUGGAUGCCACAAAUGCAGCAACAAAUUCAUCUAGAGAUGAAAGUUCCAGAUCAUUAGCAAAUGGAAUUAAUGAAGUGAAGGGAAGCAAUGAUCAAUCACCUACCUGGCUGCUUAGAGGGAAGAACCGACGUAAUGUUAUUGUGGCUAAGCAGGAUGGAAUUACCAAUGGAGCUUCACACAUUGGUCAACCUGAUUAUCAGAGUAAGAUGGUACCAGAACAUUCAAAUUCACCGUCACAGGUAAAGGAUAUGGAGCUUGGAGAUUCGCAAGAAGGGAAUGUUGGAUCACCCAAAGAUGUGCAAGCUACUCUUGAGAUGAAACAAUUGAGGAUGGAGCUUCAACGAGAACGGGAACAGUUGGCAGAUAUGCAACUAAGAUUACAAGAGGAGCAAAAAUUGAACAAAAAAUUUCAGGAAGAGAUGAAUUCUCUGCAGAUGAACAAGGACAAAGCAUCUUUUGAGAUGAGCAGCAUUCUAAGAGAAUUGAAUGAGAAGAAAUUAGAAGUAAAGGAAUUGCAAGUUGACUUGAAUAGAAGAGAGAGUACAAAGUCUGAUGAUGAUGUGGAGGGGUUGAAGAGAAUAAUUGCAAAAUUGGAGAAAGAAAAAAGUACUCUGGAGAUGGAAAAAAAUGAACUUGAAGAUGUUUUGGAGAAGAGCCGAAAAUCUUCAAGUGUUGAAACUCCAUCAAGUUCUUUGGAAAUGAUGAAUAGACACCUAGGUAGUUCCAGUGAGAAAUUAGGUUCAUCUGGAAUUUCCCCAGGAAAAGAAGAUAUGGAUCUAUCAUUGCAAAAAUUGAAGAAAGAUAUGAAGGAAAUACAGCAAGAGAGGGAUAAAGCACGGCACGAAUUAUCACGACUCAAGCAGCAUUUAUUGGAAAAGGAAUCUGAGGAAUCAGAAAAGAUGGAUGAAGAUAGCAGAGUAAUUGAAGAACUUGGGCAAAAUAAUGAAUAUCAAAGGGCCCAGAUAUUGCAUUUAGAGAAAUCAUUGAAUCAGGCCAUUACAACUCAGAAGGAGGUUGAGAUAUCCAGUAACAAUGAACUUCAGAAAUCUAAGGAAAUUAUUGAUGACCUUAACAGAAAACUUGCAAACUAUAUGAGUAUUAUAGAUUCCAAGAACGUUGAACUAUUGAAUCUUCAAACUGCACUCGGUCAGUACUAUGCAGAAAUUGAAGCCAAGGAACACUUGGAGAGUGAUUUGGUUCGGGAAAGAGAAGAAGAAGCUAAAUUGUCUCGAAUGCUAAAGGAUGCUAACCAAAGAGAAGAUGCAUUAAAGAAGGACACGGAAGAAAUUUCGGCACAGCUUUCACUUGCUGAGAGGGCUUUGGCAGAAUGGAAAAGCAGAGUAAAUAAACUCGAGGAAGAUAAUUCAAAGCUGCGCCGUGCCCUUGACCAGAGUAUGACAAGGCUUAAUAGGAUGUCGGUGGAUUCAGAUUAUCUUGUUGACAGGCGUAUUGUAAUCAAAUUACUGGUGACGUACUUUCAGAGAAACCAUAGCAAAGAGGUUUUGGAUCUUAUGGUCCGUAUGCUUGGAUUUUCUGAAGAUGACAAGCAGAGGAUAGGAGCUGCUCGACAAGGUCCAAGCAAGGGUGUCGUACGUGGAGUUUUGGGCUUCCCUGGACGCCUGGUGGGUGGAAUUUUGGGAGGAGGCUCAGCGGAGACGCCGACUAACAUGGCCUCUGAAAAUCAGUCCUUUGCAGAUUUAUGGGUUGACUUUCUUCUUAAGGAGAAUGAAGAAAGAGAGAAGAGAGAAGCAGAGGAAAGCCUCAGGCUUCGGGAAAAGUCGCAACUUAGCAGUCCGAGUGCUUCAAGUCCCAGUCCGCAGUUACUUGAUCCCAGAACAAAGCCAACUGCUUCAACAUAUGAUUCUUCAAGAACAGGUUUUCCUUCCCAGCAGCAAUCAGCUCACCAUACCUUUGGUGGUGAUUUUCGUCCUUCAAGACACCAUUCUGAUUCCGAGUUCUCUACGGUUCCUCUCACAUCAUCGGAGAACACUUAUAGGUUCUAGGUCAAGAACGCCCCCGAAAUACUGAGAUCUUCUUCAUCGAAUUUUGUAAUUAAAAGAAAACUGCAGAAUAUUGUUUGUUAAUGAUGAUAAAGCUGUGUAAUGUUCAUUAAUUCUUUUACUCGAGUGGUUAGAGUUCAGUUCACCUGGUAGAAUUGUUCGAAGAGAUCUAAGUUUCUCGACUUCGCCAUAUUUCUGAUAGCUUAAAAAUUCUCAACUUAGAUGUUUGCAUCUCCCAUGGGCAAAUAGUGAAAUAAACAUGAUGUUUUGAUUCGAUUCGAUACGAUGUUUUUGCUUCUAA